UGUUUUCAGACAAUCAUGUAUAAAAGCAAAGAGCUUACUUGUCUUACUGAUAAAAAUUUGGAAAAUGAAGAAAAAUUGGAUAUUUCAAAUAACUUUCUUGAAAAUUUAAAGGGGAUUGAAAAAUCUUCUCUUACUUUAUCGUGGCUAAAUGCGUCCCACAACAAAUUGAAUACAAUAAGCCAUUUAACAUCUUGUAAAAACCUAAAAGUUCUGAACUUGAGCUUCAAUAAAUUGACCAACACUUUUCAUGUCAGUGAGCUAAAAAAUUUAAAAGCACUUAUCUUAAACAACAAUGAGUUGGAAAAAGUUGAAGGUUUGGAUGAAUUAAAGGAGCUUAACACUUUAGUUCUUUCACAUAAUCGUUUAUCAAGUAUUAAUGUAACAAAUCUUCCGAAUCUUCAAAAGUUUUCUGCAUCCCACAAUUGCUUAUAUGAGAUUCCUGAUUUUCAAAAACAAAAAGAUAUCAAAGAUGUCAAACUAAACAAUAACGUUAUUGAAAAUCUUCCACAAUGGCUUCCAAAAUGCAAAAGAAUUAAAGUUAUUGAUCUUGGAAACAAUAAGUUUUCUACUAUAGAAUCCAUAAAACUUCUUGGAGAAUUGCCAUUUUUGGAAAAUUUAAACUUAAAGGGAAACCCAUUAUGUAGUUUAGAAGAUUAUUACACAAAGAUCAAGAAUUUAUUACCACAUUUAAAGCUUUUAGAUUUCAAGAACUUAAAUGAAAUGUAUCUAAAGCAGUUGCAGAAUAAACCUGCUGUUGUAGUUACAAAAAACAACAUAGAUCAAGAUGUGAAAAGUAAGGAAACCGAAGAGCGGGGAUUUAUCUCUAGUAAUUUAAACAUUACUCAAAUAUCGGGAAAAAAUCCAGUGGAGUUAGAAAAAAAAACUAAAUUAAAGAAGAAGAAAAAAGUAAAAAAAAAAGUAGUAAUUAAAAAAGAAUUGACGGAGAAGAACACAAAAAAGUCGAAAAAAAUAAAAAAAGAAACGAGCUUAGCAAAUACAUCCGAAAACAAACCAGACGAUACUCAGUAUUUAAGUUCUAAUAUUUUAAAAAGUCAAUUUAUAAAUAAAUCAGAAUUAAGUGACGGUACUGUCGUUGGUGAUUCUAGAAAACGUAAAACGAAAUCGGAAAAGGAAUAUGUAAACAAAACGAAAGGGGACAACGCGAAAGUUGCAAAAAAAGAUAAAAGUGGAAUCGUAUCAGUAAAGAAGAUAAAGUCUGUUAACUGCAACAAAGAUAUUUCUUUUUUACUCAAAAACAUAUCAAACGAAAAUAACUUAGGUGCUGGCUUAAACUCAACUUGGUGAGCUACGUAUGGAACAUACAACUGUCUGUUAUUGUAUUAUUUUUCAACUUGGUGUAUCCUUGAUAUUGCACGAUAUACAUAAACUUAAUGUGUAUUGUACAAUAUUUUAAUCAUAUUCUUAAAAAAAAAUGAAACAAGACUAAAUAAAAAUAUUAA